CUGCUGACGGAAGGUCCCCAAGGCCGACGACGCAUUCCCGAGUUUACAGUGUCGAUCCAAACCUAUCACUCCGUCUCCGAAGCUUGGCUGAAUGGAAAACUUACCAUCAGCACUAAGAAUGGACGCAUCAGCCAGCCUAUCAUAGACACCACGGUAAGCUUCUGCGAUCUGUUGCAGAACCCACAAAAGUAUCAUGUAAUGUCGCUGGUCUACUUCGAGAUCCGGCGCUACGGGCGCGCACCCGACCGCUGUCCGAUCGCUCCCGGUCUGUACGUUUACCCCAACGUAUCGCUCAAAAGAACGCAAAUACCGUCCUUUCUGUUGGAGUCGGACUUUGUGGUCGAGGUGAGCGGAACUACCGGUUCGGCAAGAAACCAGUUUGUCAACGUGAAAGCGUACGGGUCGCUGAAGCGCUUUUAAGCAAACCAGCAAACGAACAAUAAAUGAAUAUAUAUAUAUGCUUGGAAAUACUACUUACUAACGUAUUUAACACGAUAGUAGCUUUAUUCAUAUAGUGCCAUCAGAUUGCAAUAGAGGGCGCACUGCU